UUUAGUUAAUUUGUGCAUGAUGAGCUAACUGUUAGCUGCAAUCAGUGACAUUCCACUAAGUAGACAGACUGUAGCAUUUGGCUAACUAGCUUGCUUACAGGGUAGCGUUAGCUGUUAAAUGUAUGAUUGUUACAUCGCAAUCUAGCAAAUCUAACGUGUUAGCUAACUCGCUACAUUGCUAGGUAAACAUUCGCUAGCUAGUUAGCUAAGUGUGUGCCGGUGGACAGUUGGUGCGUCCUAAUGCCCUAUCUCUAGUUAGCUAGCUAUUUGGCCAGAUAAAUUGUUUAGCUAGUCAAGGCGGAUGGUUGAAAAAGAAAUUUGUCUGGUGUUGCGGUCUGAAGUGGUUUGCCUUCAGGAGACAUCAGCCCAGUGACCCUCAGAAGAUGGUGCGGUCAGGUUGACCGCACCACCGGGCAGACGGCUGUCCCUUCCCCAGCCUUCCGUACGGGGCGGACCCCAAGAUGGUCCGGGGGUCGUGAUCGACGGCCCGGCGGGGAUGAGAGUCGUGCCGGCAGUGGCCCAGCCCCUUGCCGGCGAUGGAUGCCAAGCUGCGAGAGGACCUGCUGAAGAAGUACACGCAGUUUCUGGAGGGCAGGCUGGAGGAGCGGGACGUGGGGUCCAAUGAAGCGGGCCUGCUGUCGGCGGCGGCGGCCCUGCUGGGGGCCUACCAGCCAGAUCACGGCCAGCAGCGCUUCCGCGUGCUGCGCUUCUACGAGGUGGCGGAGAACGCCCUCCGGACCCUGAGGAGCUCCAGCCUGCAGGCCCUGGAGGUGGCCUUCGCCAUGCUGGAGACUGUCUGCACCAACCUGCUUCUCUUUCCCUGGAAGAAGGAGUUCCGCCACAUCAAGACCUUCACAGGCCCGUAUGUGUACCACCUGCAGUCAGCUGUGUGUGAGGCGGACCUGCACUCCAUACUGCGCUCCAUGGGCUAUGUGCGCGACCAGGAGCUGCAGUACCACGCCCGCGACCACCCGGGCGGUGCGGCGCACCUGAGGCAGCUGGCGUUCGAGCUCUUCCUGGCGCGAGCCGAGUGCGGCCUGCUGAGGGAGGUGGUGGCGCUGGCGGGCGGGGCGGCCAAGGAGCUGGAGGCGGUGGAGGUGCGGCGGUCGAGCCGCGAGGACGCGGCGGGGUGCGCCGAGGCCCUGAGGCGCCGCGACGUCCUGGUCGGGGAGGUGUCGCGGCUCUCGGUGCGCCUGGCCGAGACGGAGCGGGCCCACCUUAGGAGGAGCGGCCGCCCGUCCAAGUCAGUGGACGUGACGGACAGUGCGGGGCACUGGCACCCGGCCAGCAAGCCCGUGCUCAAGGCCUCGCUCAGCCUGCGCAAGGAGCCGCUGUUCGUGGACGCGGAGGAGGACGCCAAGGACGAGAUCAUCCGGCCCAACGUCUCCCUGCUCUCCCUGGCAGCCCUCUCCCCCUACAGCCCGGCGCCGGACUUCUACCCCGUGCAGUCCCCCUCGGCGGAGCCCUACUCCUACCACCUGUCCUCCCUGGACGAGGUGGACCUGUACACUGAGCGCGGCGGGGGCCGCCAGACCCCGUCCCGCCCCCCGAGCCGCGAGCCCCGAGACGGCCGAGAGAGCUGGGGGCCCAAGGGCCACGGCGGGCUUUCCUCCCUCGGCCCCAAGUGCCAGGGCUGCGGCCUGGGCUGCUCCGGCCUGGCCUCCUGCCAGCGGUGCGAGGCGGUCCUGUGCCCGGGCUGCCACGCCAUGGAGCCCUCCCCCUGCUGCUGCUCGCAGGACUACCCCAAGCCCCCCCGCCCCCUCGACGGCUACCUGCCGGUGAAGGAGAAGCUGUCCGUGUACACCAACUCCCACUCAGAGAAGCCGCUGCUGGCCACCAAGCUCUACCCUGGCAAGUCGGCGGCAGCCCCCGGUGGGGCGGGCGCGGGCGGCUCACGGUGCGGCUUCUGCAACAAGCCUGGCGCCACGCACACCUGCAUGAACUGCUCCAAGGUCUCCUGCGACACCUGCAUGGGCCUCUAUGCGAAAGAUCUAUGCGGCCGCAAGAGCAUGCACCAUAACUUUGUGCCCAACCACCAGCUGAAUUACAAGUCUGGCUCCAUGUCACACCUGGUGUAUCGGUAGACUCGGCUCGGUGUUGCUUGUGGAAGCCUGUGGCAGCGCGUCUCGUGUGUCGUAUCUGAUGUUCGUACUGGAAUGCACACGUCUUAAGCCUUCUCCUCUCGCACAGUCCUUCAGCCGUGCAGACCUGCUGGCUUGUGUCAGCCGUCCCUUACUCUGCCUGCAUCUGCUGGGUCAUGUGAUCUCAUAACUGCUUCCUGCUCAUAGCCGGCCCAGUCAUGAAGAAACCCUGGGGAGGGAGCCCAGUGGCUUGGAAUAAACCCGUCCAAACUUCCAGCUGUCAGCAUUGUCCUGCUCCUCUUACUCUUGAAUGUUCCGUGCCAAGUUUUUUGUCAUAGGAAAAUGCUGUGUCCUCUCUCACUGCUUCAGUGAUUUGGGGGGGGGGGAUAAAACAACACACUGGAUUUCAGCAGUACAUCUGGAAACUCUAUAUAUAGACUAUUAUGGGACUGUUGUGGGGGGGGUGCGUGGGACGCGUUGGACAUUUCACUGAGCUGCUAUAAUGUUCCUUUUAGAUCGAUCCUGACCAAUGACAACCUGUUUCAAGUAUGGCUGUGGUAUCCCCGCUGCUGCUGUUGAGUUACAGAAUCAUUCUGUUCCAUUCUCUGGUGAACAGGUCUGUCCAGCCUUUUCUCCCCCCCCUCAAAAUUUUGCCAAUGAAAAGCUUGUCCGUUUUGGCCUCUGCAGCGAUGGCGAUUUGGGAAGCCUGGAAAACGAGGCCUUUUGUGAGAUGAUAUUAUAAUUUCAAAAAGGGACACAUACUGCUAGACCAAUAGUAAAAAUAGUAAAAGUAAAAACCCCUAAACCCUGACAUGGCCAUUUUAAAUGUAUCCGAGCCGGUGUGCACGCUCAAGGUGUACUUCAUAUUAUGCCAAACUGAUGUCGCAUGUGCCAGGAAUUCUGCAGUUGAGUAGAACCAGUGUUCACCAUGACGACCAUGCACGUUCAGCGCAGAGAGGCUCAGGAUAAUGCAAACAAAGACAGCAGGAGUACAGGCAAGAUUAUUGUUUCAAUAGGUGUGGGCAUUGCAUUUGGGUCCAGCCCAUUCUCACUGUGAUUCUGUUGCUGUCAUAGAGCUACGACAACCCUUGCCCUACGAUGUACCCAGUUAUCUGCCCCAGUCCAGAGCAGGAACUUUGCACUGUAUAUAAGCUGAUCCUGAUAUUGGUCUAUAGUGUACACUCCACACCUAUUCACCACUAUCACAGGAUGAUACUGACAUGUUUAAGGCUCAAUCCUUGAAGAAUAUUGGCAUUUAGAACUUCUUUGUUCUGUGUUUACAGCAUAUCAGGGGCUUACGAACAUUCUCAUUAGGCAUUAUGCAUUUAAGUGGCAUCGGGCUGGCAGCCAAAAUCCAACAUGCUCUUUGGUUUCCUUGUUUUCUUUUUCCAUUUCGAUGCUCAGCCCAGAUCAAACUGAAGAAUCCAAGACGCAUCUCCUGGUUACUAUCGAAAUGCCAUUGGUGGAAGGAUUUUGCUCGUUCUGUCGAACAAAACUGUUUGUGAUGAAUAUAAAUGAUUAGCAUGGUCAAAGUUCUUCCUCUCCUUUCUGUUGUUUAUUAAGGGUGUUGCACUGUUUAAUGUGUCACUUAUGCAUAUGAGGUGUGGUCCGAGACCUCACUCAGUUUGCACAUGAAUGCACUCAGAUGUUUUAGGAGCUGCAUUCAGUGAUUUAGGAACUGCAUCCAAGUCAACUCAUGUAAUUUUACUGAUAUUAUGAACUUAGCAAGGUUGUGUCCAUUCAGUGCUGGGUCUGAAAGUGCAUCUCACUCCAUUAAAGUAAGUCUCAACACAGUAGUCUAAAGUAUGUCGACACACAGUGCAUAUUAUUAUUUGUCAAAGGCAGGUGGCUGCGUAUCAGGGGAAACAAUUUUGUUCUGUUAAAAGGGAGCUUUUGUUUUCCAGUUACAUUUUUCAUAUUUUAGAUGUUUUAUUCACAUCCAAAGUCUUACCUAGUGCAAUGCUUUUAGCUCACACAAUGCUAAAAGGAACAUUGGGCCUGUGUUCAUUGGAAUAGCACAAAACAGAUAUGUAGGGUUUUAUACUGAGCUAUGCAACAAAACAAGAGGGCUGUAUUGAGGUGGUCAAGUGUGCCUCUACUGUACCAGUUAGUGGAAGGGUUAUACUUUAUUGUUAGGGCUAUCAGUAUUGAAAAUGACUUUGUUUUGGCAUUUGUUUAUUAGCUAAUUAGCGAGGGGCAAAAGUUUCCUACUAAUGAGAAGAAUAAUGAUUUGGCUGGUUAAUUGGUUCUCUUUCAACAAUAAAGCAGAAGUAUUAUAUUUGCAGUUCUGUGCAAUGUACACAAUGUAUAGAUGCUGUACACUGUAUACUCAUGUCCUGCACUGGAUCAUAACUCUAUAUUUAGUACCCUUGUAUGUCAAGAAGUUAUAUUCAUAGCAUUUGUGCACGUUAUCGUACGGUAAUUUGUGCUUGUCUUUGAGCCAGUUUAAAGGGCUGUCUUCUCGCCAACUCUAAUAAACCAAUAUUUAUGACUAAUUAUACAAUCGGUGUUCUGUAAUUUAAUCUUUAAAUUGACAAAGUUAUGUUGUGAGAUUUAAAAAAAAUAGCUGCUUGAUUAAUGUAUAGAAAAUUGCAGUAACAUUUUAGCUGAUAUAGCAUUUUGCAAACUGGGACGCUGUUCCCGGCAUGAGAAGAACAGGUCUUCAGAAAAAGUGCAAGUCAUGUUUUGACAUUUCAUUUUCCUUAAAUAAAACCAUGCGUCUAAACCUCUGAAGGCUGGAGCCAAAGAGAGCUGAGGUACCCUUUGCAGGAAAGACAAUAAAACAUGGAUGCCCUUGCAGCUAGUCAAAGUGAUGAAACUGAACAAAGAACAAGUGAAGGAGAAUGAAUCCCGGAGCUGAGCAAUAGUUGAUAGUGUGUCUCUUAUGUCAUUGUCCUGACGUGUAAAGAGAUUUGAUAUGCUAAGAUAAUUACGAGAGAUAAAUAAGCAAAAUAAAUGUUCUGAAUAACCCCUCAGAGAUGGCGCUACCUAUCUCUGGAGCCUCUACCAAGCACCCUGCUUCUUGUGUCCCAUCUUCUCAUUUCACCCCCAUGUACAUCUCCCUUGUAUGUGCUGUGUUUGGCAGCAUGUGAGGGGGGGCGACGUACCACUCCUUUGCCAUUAUGGUGAACACUGCGGAAGCUGUGUUUUUUUCAGUGACUUUCAGUGAUGAAACAUCCUUUGUUCUGUGAUUUUCUUAACAGGUAGUAAGUGGUGUCGUCUGUGCUAGCAUAAUAUUACUCAUGGCAUGUUUUGUCAGGUUGCUCACCUCUUUACCUCUUUGUGAGCCCGACUGCCUCUGCUCAACUCUGAACCUCCAUUACUCUGAUCCACUCUACUGUGCUGGGGUGCCCAGUGCACUGCCUGUGGAGAAAGUUCAAACUCAUUUUUGUCAUAGUGUUAUUUUUUCAGGGGGGGUUGGGGGUGUAGCCAAAUUGUUUGUUGGUUGUAGUGUAUACAGAUAAAUAACCAUUUUAUAAAAUAAUGCCAAUAAUAAAAUUGAAAAAAAAAUAAUAAAA